AUGAGCCUAUUCUCCCCCGCCAGGCCACUGCUACAGCGAGCCAAUAUCCUCUCCAGCAGCAGCCGUCUACGCCAUCUAUCCACAGGCACAGGAGGCGACCCCAUCUCACCCGACGACGAUGGCAAUAGCACGCUACGCAAGAGCAAGAAGAAGGGGUCCCGCGGGAACCCCAUCACCGAAUCCCUAGCACCCCUGGACACCAUCCGUAUCGUCGGCAGCGUAUCAGCGUCGGCAGAUGCCUCGAAGACGGCGGCGGCGGCGCCCCCCAAGGAGACCAAGGAGGAACGCCGCGCAGCCUCGGCGGCAGACAGGUUCUUCCGACGAGGCUACGACUUCCUCUACUCGGCCGAGGGUUUGCCGACGCACCGACCCAACGCGGCGACGCCCGAGGUCGUCGUCCUGGGCGCCUCCAACGCAGGUAAAUCCUCCUUCCUCAACAGUCUCCUCGGCAGGAGCGACGCCGCACGCGUGAGCUCCCGGCCGGGACACACCAUCACCAUGAAUGCCUUUGGCGUGGGGCGUCGCGGUAGCGAAGACAACGGCAGCAACAAGAACGGCAGCGGCAACGUCAACAGCCGCGGCGGUGGCAACGGCGGAGGUGGAGGUGUAGGCGGCGGAGCCGACAGGCAUUCCGGACACGGUCUGAUCCUCGUCGACACCCCGGGGUACGGACACGCCAGCCGGAAGGGAUGGGGCGACUCCAUCUGCCGGUACGUGGAGAGGCGUACCAUGCUGAGGGGUGCCGUCGUCCUCGUCCCCGCGCAGAAGGGCCUGCACGCCAUGGACCGCUGGGUCCUCCGCAUGCUGGCCGAGCGCAACAAGCGCGUCCUCGUCGUCCUGACAAAGGCCGACAUGGCCGGGCGGGACUGGUGGGGCGGUUGCCGGGACCUGGCCGCCGACGUGCGCGCCGAGAUGCGUCGGCUCGAGGCCAGGCUGGACAACGGCUGGCGCGAGGGCGACGGCUGGAUCACCACCGUCUACGCCACAGCGGCCGGCUGGCCUAGGAGGCGCUCCGUCGGUCAGGCCCCGGGCAUGUCUGGCGCGCGCGUCGCCAUCCUGGAGCACCUCGCUGGCUUCGCGCUCCAGGAAAAGGUCGAGACCAAGCCUAGCGAUGUCUCGUACGGGGGGGAAAUCGUCUCUUGGGAUGACAUCCUCGCCCAGACUUCGUCGUCGGACAAGUGA